CCGCUGGAGCUGUGAGCAGAGCAGGCGCUUUAUUAACGUCACCAACAAGCGACUGUUUUCCGGGAGACUGGAGUAGAAGUCGGUCAUAAUGGCAGGAGAAGAAAUUAAUGAAGACUAUCCAGCAGAAAUUCAUGAAUAUUUAUCAACAUUCGAGAAUUCUAUUGGUGCCGUAGAUGAGAUGCUGAAGACCAUGAUGUCUGUUUCUAGAAAUGAGUUGUUGCAGAAGUUGGACCCACUUGAACAAGCAAAAGUGGAUUUAGUUUCUGCUUACACAUUAAAUUCAAUGUUUUGGGUUUAUUUGGCCACUCAGGGAGUUAACCCUAAGGAGCAUCCAGUAAAGCAGGAACUGGAAAGAAUCAGAGUAUACAUGAACAGAGUCAAGGAAAUAACAGACAAGAAAAAGGCUGGCAAGCUGGACAGAGGUGCAGCUUCAAGAUUUGUAAAAAAUGCCCUCUGGGAACCAAAACCGAAAAAUGCAUCCAAAGUUGCCAAUAAAGGAAAAAGCAAAAACUAACCUUUUGGUUUUGAUGUACACUUGUUCAAAAAAUACAUUUUAUUGUUUUACACAAAAUAGAUGAUUAUGUGGCAAUGCAAAGUUUAAAUGUAUUCCUUAUUGAAUUCAUUUAUAAAAUUUACAUUUAAAUUUGUAAUGCUAAAUACUUUUAUCCCCCAGAAAGAUUAAGUUAUCUUCAUUGAUUUUCCUAUAGAGCACUAUGAGGUUUUUAACAUUGUGGUACAUUUUAUAUUUAUAGUUUACCAUCUCUCUUGACAGAAGCAACUGUGAAAUUUAAGUUAAAUGUUCUUUGUAAACAUUUGUUUAUUUUAAGUGAAUAAUGACUUUAUGAAGUAUGCUAUCUGAAGGUCGAAGUUUUAAAUACAUCUUUUUUCACUAUAUAUAAGAAAAAAUGAAAUGGCUUGAAUGUCCCAUUUUUUUCCUGUGUAGUUAUUCGACCAUAUUUUCAUGAUUUUAGAAUUGCUUAUUUUGAUAUUUGAAGUGUGAAUUUAACACUUUAAGAUUGUACUUUAAUUUUGGCACUUUGCCUCUGUGUCCCAUUUAAAGUAAACAUUCAGCCAUUUAAUGGCUGAAUUUUGGUAUAACGGCUGUAUCCUGUCAAUAAAGACUGUAAAUGUUGCUUAGCUGACCAGUUUUUUUUCUCUUUUGAGUAAACUUGCUCUUGAAAUUAGGAAGAUAGGUUUUAAAAAUCAUCAGUAAUAUAGAAAUUUGUGUUUUUGUUCCUGAUGCAUAGUGCCCACAGUUCUCUUGGUCUCACUUUUCCAGAUUAUUUGAUUACAUGUUUCUGAGGCUACAUAAUGUACAUACAAGUGUUUGGAACAACAUUCUAUGUUAUAUAAUGCCACUCAAGCAGAGGAGAAAUCCAAAUGAGAUUACAUUGUAUUUAUAUUCUGAUUUAUUUUUCUAGAAUAUAUGUUACAGAGAAUUCUAUGUGUUAAAAUUAUUUUUUAUGUCUAACCCAUGAAUUUUAAUUAUAUUCCCUUAAUGCUUUCAGUCUUUGAAUCCACAUCAUUAUGUGUAGGAAUGCCAAGUACAGUAAAGUACUUUAAUUUUUGAAAAAGAAGUUGUUAAAAUUUUCUAUGUGAUUAAUUCUCCGUAAGUAACCUUGAAUAAAUGGUUUUCUUGAUUUA